UACAAUAGAGGUCUUGUGCACGGCCACGGUGAGCACAGACAGACGGACAGUGCGAGCCCGUGCGGAGCCCGCCACUGGCGCGGCGGCGGUGCGGGCAAAGGGCGCAGGGUGGAGGCCGUGUUUGUUCCGCGCAGGAAAGUUUAGCAGGAACCUCCCGGCGUUAUCAGCGCGCCGCCGGUAUAUAAGGCGCGCCCCGGCCGCGGACCUCACAGUUCCCGGCGUGUUGCAGACGCAGUCGAUCCUCCUCACGACCAGCUCCGAAACUACAACUCUCACGAUGACCAAAUUCUUCAUUGUUCUCGUCGCCUGCUUGGCCUUGGCGCGCGCCGGAGUGCAGCGGCGCGACGCCCCGUCCGCGCUGGACGAGGUGCAGAAGCACGCGGCCGAGUUCCAGAAGACCAUCACCGAGCAGUUCAACUCGCUGGCCAACUCCAAGAACACCCAGGACUUCAACAAGGCGCUGAAGGAGGGCUCCGACACCGUGCUGCAGCAGCUGUCCGCGCUGUCCUCCUCCCUGCAGGGCGCGUUGACCGACGCUAACGGCAAGGCCAAGGAGGCCCUGGAGACGACCCGCAGCAACCUGGAGAAGCAGGUGGAAGAGCUCCGCAAGUCGCACCCCGACGUGGAGAAGCAGGCCUCCGCCCUCAAGGACAAGCUGCAGGCCGCCGUCACCAAUGCUGUUCAGGAAACCCAGAAGCUGGCGAAGGAGGUGUCCACCAACGUGGAGCAGACCAACCAGAAGCUGGCGCCCACCAUCAAGCAGGCGUACGACGACCUGGUGAAGCAGGUGGAGGCCGUCCAGAAGAAGCUGCACGAGGCCGCCUCCAAGCAGUGAUUGGACAAUGAACGAGCUCGCCACCACACUCCUUUAUUUAUUACAUUCUCCUUUAAUUGUUAAUUCGCCGUGAUUUAUGUCAUUGAGAGAAAUAAAUGUAAAGUAUCUAAAAUUAACAGAAAUAUUAAUUAGCGAAGUGACCCUAGCAAGCCGAACAAAGCUAUCUAAAUGAAGAACGAGCUCAGUGUUGUGGGUAGACUGUAGUAGACUGGGAUUUUUAUAGAAAUUUGAAACAGAAAUGCCAUAUUGUAUUAGAAUCUAUAGGAAUGUGUUGUCAUCUUGCAGCGCAGGCAGUUACGCACUGCUGCCAAAUGAAUACAUUUAGAAAUUCCUUUUGUAUUGUGGCAAGAUGGUGUUACAACCAUCAUUUACGAAUUUUACGACGUCAUAUACAUAAGUUCUUAUAAUUUCUAUAGUGACAUUCAAAUAAAUAACAUGGUAUUCUUUC